UAGAAAUAACAGCAGCGACUGAGGACAUUUCGGUCAAGUGAGAACGUCCUCAUUUGACAAAAAAAUAAAUUACUCUUAAAAUACUCGUUUUGGGCUAAAACAUAAAAAUAAAUAAUAAAAAAAUAGUGGGCCUUAGUCGGAGGUGUCAAGGUCGAGUGUGUCGGUCGAGUGUGUCGAUUACGAAAUUCGCCAUAUUUUGUGUUUCGCACUCGAUGCCUCAUUUGACGGUCAACACCAGACAGAACCGUGAUGAAGCGUAAUGGCAGCCCAAAGAAGAUGCAGAGGACAGAACAGAUGUGUCAUAUAUCCAAACCUAACAACCUAAGUAUGGACAUUGCAAUUUGUGCAGGCAACUCGGAUGUUCACAAUGGUCCAGCUCAUUAUUAUGAGGACAUUGCCCCAAGUUCAAACAUUGGCAACUCUGAUGUUCACAAUGGUCCAGCCCAUUAUUAUGAGGACAUUGCCCCGAGUUCAAACAUUGGCAACUCUGAUGUUCACAAUGGUCCAGCUCAUUAUUAUGAGGACAUUGCCCCAAGUUCAAACAUUGGCAACUCUGAUGUUCACAAUGGUCCAGCCCAUUAUUAUGAGGACAUUGCCCCGAGUUCAAACAUUGGAGUUAAGCACCAUCCAAGGAAGUGACAAAGAACACCUUGAAGCCAAACCCCAGCUGUGGAAACUGGUAUACAGAAGUGCUUCAGGUUACAGAAACGCCAUUCCAAGUUGGAUUAAGAGACUGUUAUCAAGCAAAACAAAUGUUUACAUAGAAGGUCUUUGACAGUGGUAAACAGGAUUGACAGCUACAGCAACGCUGAAUAAUUAUCACCAGUGUUGUGGUUUGUGUCAUGGUUUUGUUAAAGUAAGGAAUCAGUCUUUAUGUGAAGUGUCUAGGCCGCAUAUUUCAAAAUUCAGCUUUUGAGAUUUUUGUGUAGCAAACACCAUAUCUUACAACACAGAUGUAUAACUCUAAGUAUUGAUCAUGAAACAUAUGUGAAUAUAUAGAAAGAGUAGUCAAAUAAAAUGACAUCAUCUAAUCAUUUUUAUUUUGGGUGUGUAAUGUGAAAAUGGCAUGUACUUAAAUAAAUGAACAUAUUCUUAAAAUAGGCAUUUUUAAUCAUAUGUCAACUAAAUAAUAAUAAUGUAUCGUUUAUUUGACCAAGGUGUAAUGUAGUUGAAAUUUCUUUUUUUAUAUUUUUAUAUGCAAUUAUCUGCACUAGUCACUGUAAUAUUUGGUUUGAUGAAUUACAUGUAUCAUGAUGUAGAAAUAAAGGAUAAAUGUUUG